UUUCCAAAAAAGUUAGAAUAACUUCCUCUCCCGGAGACCUCGGUUUUGCACAAGCCGGCCUUGAAAUCAGAGACUUUCGAGCAACUCGGAGACCGUGUGCUCGGCGCCCGCGGGCUUGGCCGGCGGCGCGCGCUCGGCGCCCGGCGCCCCGAGCCCCACGCGCGCCGGGGCGGGCGCCAUGGAGGAGGGCUCCAGCUCGCCCGUGUCCCCCGUGGACAGCCUGGGGACCAGCGAGGAGGAGCUCGAGCGGCAGCCCAAGCGUUUCGGCCGGAAGCGGCGCUACAGCAAGAAGUCGAGCGAAGAUGGCAGCCCGACCCCGGGCAAGCGCGGCAAGAAGGGCAGCCCGAGCGCGCAGUCCUUCGAGGAGCUGCAGAGCCAGCGCAUCCUGGCCAACGUGCGCGAGCGCCAGCGCACCCAGUCGCUCAACGAGGCCUUCGCCGCGCUGCGCAAGAUCAUCCCCACGCUGCCCUCCGACAAGCUCAGCAAGAUCCAGACGCUGAAGCUGGCCGCCAGGUACAUAGACUUCCUCUACCAGGUCCUGCAGAGCGACGAGAUGGACAAUAAGAUGACCAGCUGCAGCUACGUGGCCCACGAGCGCCUCAGCUACGCCUUCUCCGUGUGGCGCAUGGAGGGCGCGUGGUCCAUGUCCGCCUCGCACUAGCGCCGCGCCGCCCGCGCCCGGACCCGCGCGCCGGGAUAUAAGCCCUGCAGUCAAACCCCACGUCUGCUCCUCUGAAAACAGCCGACGUCCCGGAGAGCACCCCGCCCGCCACCCCCCGAGGUCUGCAGGGAAGCCGGUGAGCCUGGCUUUGCUGGGAGAGCCACCUGCACGGCACCGCUCUGCUUGGGCAGCAGGACGGACUCCUGGACCGGUGAUGAAACGCCACUUCUGCAGGCGACACGCUUCGUCCUCCUGCGCGUCCCUCAGAAGCGUGUCACGUGCAGUCUCAGAACCAAGCUCUUGGACAGUCGGCUUGUGGUAUACGAUUCUGGAAGUUACAGCAACCCCCGCUGAACACCGAUCACAUAAUCUCACUUUUCUAACCAGGAAGAAGGGGAGUGAGGAGACAGAAGGUGACCAGGCACCAUCGCUGGCCCUGGAUGGCCCUCUGCGCUUUCUGCUGCUGCGUUCUUCACACUGCGAGGCAGCUUGUGAGCUCCGAGGGCUGGUGAGCGUUCCUGCGAUGCGCAGUGUGGCUCUCCACCACGGAGUUUGCAAUGUACUGAAGUCAUUGUUUCCAGAAUAAAUCAUAUGUCACUCUCCCCCCGAGGAAGCUCCUCUGACAGGGCAUUUUUCUCUUUGGGGAAAUUUUAAUUAGACGGAAACCAAAGGCUGUUGCCUUUGUAGGGGCAGGCUAGGUCCCCAAGUUCAUCCGCCGGGCGAAACCCAUUGUCUCGUGCCUGGGGAUCAGUGUCCCCAGUGAGAUGUCACUGAAGUUGAACAUGGAGCAGACAACGUCUUUCAGCUCCCGGUCCUGUAACUGUGUGUGGCGUUCAGGAUGUCACAACCCCUCUGGGACUCCGUUUUCUGACCUGGAAAGUGAUGGAGUUUCUGCUAGCCCUCCAGUUAUGAAAAUCCUAACAGCCAGUGGUCCCAGGCACUCCUUCCUGGGUAUAUACCCCACCGAGUUGAAAGCAGGUGUCUGAGCACCUGUCCACGCGUGUUGCACUGUUCACAGUCGCUAAACGGGGACAGCGACACGGAUGUGCGUCAGCUGAGGAAUGAAUGAGUGGGUUGCUGUUAGCCGCACGAUGGAGUUAUCACUCGGCCACGAGAAGGGUGAAGUUCUGAUUCCUUGGCGACCUUGAGGUCGUUGUGCUAAGUUAAAGAACUCAGACGCAAAGACCAAGUAUUGUAUGACUGCAUUUAACUGACGUACCCAGAGCAGACCAGAGUCAGUCCGUGGCUGCCAGGGACUUGGGGGAGGGGAGGGAGGCAUGAUUGCUUAAUGGAUAUAGGAUUUCUGUUUGGGGCAAUGAAAAAGUCCUGGAACUAGAUAGGGAUGGUGUUUGCACAACGAUGUGACUUAAUUCCACUGAACUGUGUACUUUAAAAUGAUAAAUUUUACAUUAUGGGUAUUUUACCACCAAAACCAAAAUCCUGUGACUCAGCCCGUGGGCCUCUCUGGUAACCGAUAGGCCUUGGGGGUGGAAGUAUUUAUUAUAAGCCUUCAACUUUUCUCCACUUUCCAGAGAUGCUCUCCAGUUUACCCACAUGACUCAGCGCUUAUCAGAUGAUUUUCAUCUAGUCAAGCCGUCCUGUCUAAAAGCAUUUUCCUUUCGAAAUCCUUUU